CUUUUUGCAUACAAAGCGGAAACAUAUGAAGCCCUUUCCACAAAUGAGAAAGGUUUUCUACUGGCGGAGUUAAGAGUAUGGGUAGCAUUUGCAUGAAGCAUUUAGAUGUAGCUGAUGCCUCUGAAAAUUCGACCGCGUCGCCUCUUACUACACAAGAGAUACACUUAGUCAAUGAAUCAUGGAAAGUUGUAACGCCACAUUGGAAAGAAAUAUGCGAGCUAGCUUUUGAAAGAUCAUUGUCAUCAUAUGGAGUAUUACGUAGUUUUUUUCGUACUGAAAACCCUGAACUCGGUUUACCAGAAGUUUUAAAUUCCUCGAUUAUUCAAAAUCACACAGAUAAUUUCAAGAAUUUAGUAGAAAGAGCCAUCGCCGCUCCUUCGUUGGUGCAAAAACAACUACUUGAAUACGGUAAAAUUCAUUAUGAGUACGGAGUAAAAGAAGAGUACAUUAAGAAUCUUGCGAACAAUACAAAAACAGAAGUAUGUUGCUAUAUAGAGGAUUCAAGUGAUGGAAAAAAGACACACCGAGCAUGGGAGCGCGUGUUUACAUUUUUAAGUGACACUUUAAUACGUGGUAUGAGGAGAGCUGAAAAAGAAAAUGGAUCAGUUGAAGUUUCAAAUGAAAGAGAGAAAGAAAUGAUUGAUGAUUUAGAAAAUAAUCGUUCGGAGAAUAACAACAACUGAAUUUAAACUGAUCCAUCUUAAACUUAAAUUCCGUCAGAAGAAUUUUAAAGUGUUUUUGUGUUAGUAGACACGAAAAUUCAUCAUCUAACAAAGGCCUGACGGUUGGCUUUGAGAUUUUUUCUAUUAUGUUUGCGUUUUUGUUUUUCUAUGAAAAAAAAAAUAUAAUCAAAUGACAUAAAAAAAUUCACGACAUUUAUUAUUUACGUCAUAUCUAUAUUUAGGUAAUUGAUUUUGUCUACGUUCAUAGCGAAUACUUUAUCAUCCAAUCAUUCCUCAUUCGUUGUUCUAAAAAGUUUUAAGUUGGUGACAAAAUAAUUAAAUAAUUAAGAGAAUCUCGUAAGUAAGCUUAAUGCUGUCACGAUUUGCUAUAAAAAUAAAUGGAAGACGCUUUAACUUGUUUUUUACGUCUAACUUUAUUACUAUCUCGCUUGCGAGGAUAGUAUUGUUUUCCAACUCCUAACUAACCAACUAACCGACUAACUAACCAACUAACCAACUAACUAACCAACUAACUAAC